UGUCGAUAUAUGGAUAAGCUGCUCGCGGAUCGCUGACAAUGAGCGAUGGAAUCGCUUGCUCUGGUGAGAAAUGGCGCCUACAAUCCACGCCGCCGCUCCAUUCCUCGCGGAAGCGCUGUUUCCUUCCUCGUCCAGGUUGAGCUCCAAGAAUUCCGUGGCGGAUUCUCAGCGCAGGCAUCUCAGGGAUCGGCAUUUCGGGAUUCCAGGCGCGGAAUUCCUUCACAUUCCCCGGGCGCACAGGAGAGCCGAGGGCGACCAGCGCGUUCUCUUCGAGGAAGAUCCCUGGGCCGAGAGUUCUUCUUCCUCGUCUCUUCGGCUGUUUCAUGGGAAUGGAGCGGCCAGAGCGAGCAUAGCUGAAGCUCCAACGCUAGUGAAUGGCUCACAGGUGCUGCCAGGACGAUCUUUGGAGAACUCUUACGUUGUCCAGGUCCCGGCACUACACGACUCAUCGCCCUCAGAAGUUAGAGCUCUCCAUGUCUCGAGAGUUCCAACUUUUGGAGAAGAAGACCCGUUCCUGGCCGCGUUGCAACUCUCGGAUCAAAAGGUUUUUGGAGAGGAAGAUCCUUUCAUCGCUGUAGCAGAACUCGAAGCUUUCAGAGACUUUUCUUCCAAGGGAGAAGAUGAUCAGGCAAGUGUCUCGAGUGAAACCACGACCAAGUGGCCGGACUUUAGAUUUUUCCCGAAGCGGAAGGUGUUUCCAAGGGAGGAGCCAUGGCUGCUCGAGAGCAUUUUCCUGAGCGAGAGCCAGGAAGUUCCGGAAGCUCGCGAUGUAGCAGUGGAGAUCUUCAUCAACUCCUCCGAGUGCACGAUGCAGCGAAUUGCGAUCGUCGAGAACAAGAAGCUCGUCCAGCUACUGCUCGAGCCUGUCAACUCGAACUUCCAAGUUGGGAAUGUCUACCUCGGCGUUGUGAAGCAGCUCCUCCCAGGCAUGAACGGGAUAUUUGUGGAGAUUGGAUCUUCCAGAACGGCAUUGCUGGAAGUUAACAUGCACCAAUACCCGCACGUCUUCUACGGUGACAAAGCUCAGGGGAACGAAGAGGACGGCUUGAGAAACAAGGAUGGGAUAGUUAUCGACGUGAAUGAAGAGGAAAUUGAAGAAACUGUGGACGAUCCAAACGGAGAGGAGAUGGAACAGAGCGAUGGAAAGACAAACGUAAAGCCGGCUACUGUUCUGCGGAAGAUCGGUGCAUGGAGGAAAGUCAAGAGAGGAACUUUGAUGGUCGUGCAAGUGAAGAAAGAGGCUCUUCGGCAGAAAGGACCACAGCUUACUGCAACUGUGGCUUUGGCGGGACGAUACUGGGUACUGGUGCCUCAAGUUUCGACCAUUGGAGUUACUCGCAAGAUUAACGGGCUGGAAAGAAGUCGGCUUAAGCAGCUUGCCAGAGAGCUGCAGCCUCCUGGAUUUGGUCUUACUGUGAGGACUGAGGCUGUUGGCCGCAGCCGUGAAGAGCUCGAGAAGGAUUUGGCACGCCUCAUGGAGACGUGGAGAAGUAUUCUGGAGAGAGCGGAGGUUGCUGCUGCUGCUGGUGGAAAAGACCCGGUCCCUGUGUUGCUACAAAGGGCCAUGGGACAAACGCUCAGGACAGUUCGUGAUCUCUUCAACAAUGAGGUUGAAAGGUUUGUCGUGGAUUCGUCUCAAACAUACCAAGAGGUUACAGCUUACCUCCAAGAAAUAGCACCUCACUUAUGUGAUCGUGUGGAACUUUACUCUGGCAAAGAGCCUAUCUUCGAGGCUUUCAACCUGGAAGCAGAAAUUGAGAAAUCAUCUAGCAAGCGGGUAGAACUACCAAACGGUGCAUAUUUGGUGUUGGAGGAAACCGAAGCUCUCGUAUCUAUUGAUGUAAAUGGUGGCGUGGGAAUGCUCGGUGAUGCGACAUCUCAACGAGAAGCAGUUUUAGAAGUAAAUCUCGCUGCUGCUCGAAAGAUUGCGACAGAGCUGAGGCUACGAGAUAUUGGUGGGAUUAUAGUUGUUGACUUCAUAGACAUGGAGGAUCCAAGUCACGAAAGGCUUGUUUUCGAAGAAAUGCGCAAGGCCAUUGAGCGGGACCGCUCUAAAGUUGUCAUCUCGGAAAUUUCAGAGUUCGGACUCAUGGAAAUGACAAGAGCACGGGACCGGCCGAGCGUCACCUCGAGGGUCACUGAUUCAUGCAGCUGCUGCGGCGGUACUGGACGCAUCGAGUCGGUAGAAAUGGCGCUCUCGAAGAUUGAGAGAGCAGUCAAAAAGAUCCUGGCCAACCGGAAGAACAGCUUUAGCAAGAGCACGAGGUGGCCGUCAAUGGCGCUUCGAGUGGAUCCCGUCAUGCACGAUUACCUCAAGACCCGCGGGAGGAGGCGAAUGAAUCAGCUGUGCUCCGCGCUAAAUGUUCUACUAACACUCAAGAUUUCCACGGAGCUUUCUCGCGGAGAGUUCCACGUUACGAACGAAUACGUCGCCAAAGACAAGCUCUCGAACGGGGCAAGGAAAAAUUCCAGUUUUGUAAAAUAAAAUGUUUUGUACGUUUGUACGGUAAUGUACGGAGGGGAAACGUUACG